AUGGAUUGUCCGUCUCCCAUUUACAACCUCCAACCGGGCCUGUCUCCCGUCGACCAGGGGACUCGGCAGCAUCAGCAUCAGCAUCAGCGGAGUCCCUAUAUGGCGAAACGAUCGGAGUCUUCGCCUUCUGUCAGCUCUGGCAUUUUCGAGGAUGACUUCUUUUUCUGCGAUCCUUGCCCCUCCUCGGUCGAGAAUUGGACAGAAUCCAGCCCAGACAGUGUGCUAUCGACCUGGGGACUGGGAAGCUCCCAUGAAUCCACGCUCAGCCCGUUGUUCUCACCUCAGAGAGUGCCGUUGUCUGGAUCACUUUUCGACGCUGACCACCACCAAUAUCGACUCCCUCAAAACACGGCCAAUGUGUCUUGCUCGACAACGACAACGACCGGGCCAACCACAGACUCUAUCAAGGUAGAGCAGCACUCACCUUUGAAGACAUCCCUUGAUCCUUUUUUCGAUUGGGCCUACGAUGGAGACUUCAACAUCUCGUAUAAUUUCGAAAGCUAUUACCCUCCCUCCUCAUCUUCAGAGAUCCCGGCAUCUCCGUCUCCUCAAUAUGAAACCUUGGCCCCGACUAAGGCGGGGACAAAGUCGGCAGUGAGCCCACCCUUAUCCCCGCCGGCGUUCUCGAACCCUUCUCCGAUUACCACUGUCAAGGCCGAGCCACAGCCAGAGCGCGCAGAUUCGCGUUCGAGUUCGAGCGUCAGCGCACCACUGGAUACCGCGGACCUUCCGUAUUCCAAGUUGAUUUACCUUGCUCUUUUCUCUGCAAAGGACAGGAAACUCCCUCUACAAGGUAUUUACAGGUGGUUCGAACUGAACACUACCAAGGGCAAGGAGGGGUCAAAGGGCUGGCAGAAUAGUAUCCGCCACAAUCUUUCCAUGAACGCAUCCUUCAUGCCUUCUCGAGAGGAAUCGCCCAACGGCAAACGAGCCGUAAACUACUGGCGACUAACGGAAGAUGCAAUCAAGAGAGGCGGCAUCCACCCUACGACGCGAUAUCGAAAACAGGCGAAUCAGCGAAAAGGUCUAGGAUCGGAAGCCCCGGCUCCUCAACGUCAGCGGUCUGGGGCUAGAGGCGGGAAAGCAACGAAAAUCACGGCUAGAAACCGCGGGCAUGCCAACGCGGACGAGCUGUCACUAGCCUCGGCAGCAGCACGAUACCAUUCAGCCGCGGCCACAGCGGCUGCACAACGACAACGACAGUACUAUCAGAAGCAGGCCCAGCAGCAGCAAAGACCGAUCCUGCCCCAGUUGAAACUCGAGCAGUCGCAGGAGCAGCACCAGCACGGACUCCAGCAGCGGCACCAACAGCAACAGCAACAGCCGCCAAACGAACUCUAUUACUAUCAGCGGUACACUCCGUGCCCCACGACAGCACUGCCAGGAUAUUCCGAAGCUGCUCCUGCAGCAUCGACUGACAGCUUUGAUUUGAGCAAUCUUGUUGGCCGUGCGGGCCCUCCUCGGGACACCCCUGUCAUCGGCGACAUGGGUGGAUCGGAGAGUCUCCCGUUGGAACUUGGUGCGUUAUGUGGUAUGUCGUAUUCGACCUACAACUCUCCCAACAGGUUCUUUCAGGAUGGACAGCUUCCCAAUGGACUCCCCGGUGGUGGCUGGACAUCCUGA